UGGUAAUGCCGCGUGGAAGAGAAUUUUAACAAAACUCUUAUUUUCAUAAAUGUACAUCGAGUGUCUUAGAUUGACACGCGCCAAAAUAAGUACCAUUGAAGCCAAACAAUUUGGCAGGCCUCUGCUUUGCACUUCUCUGCUAUACCUCUGUAAUGGUAGCUUCAAAACCAGCUAAAUUUACCCCAACAAUGGCUUCUCUUCUUGUUCCAGUGAUAAUACUCGUCAUUUUCCAUCCUCUUCUAUGCAGCAAUUCAAAAACCCACCAUGCUAGAAAGCUUUUUUCCUCCACCCCUGCAAUAAACGCUGCCUGCCGAGCAACUCAACUCCCGCAGCUCUGCAAAUCCUCUCUGUCAAAUCUUCCUGCAAAGGCCACACCCCAACAGAUUAUCAGAGCAGCAAUGGAGCUUUCAUCUGAUGCAGCGAAAAAGAGUCAUCUUCUGUCAACAGAUUUGUUCACUGCUUCUCGGGCAAAUGCCAACGUGACGGCCGCAGCCAACAACUGUGUGGAAUUCAUGGAGUAUUCCAUUGAACUGAUUGGCAAGAGCCAAAAUGGCAAAAUAGAGCAGGGGAUUAAGGACGUGAAAGCCUGGAUGAGCGCAGCUCUGGCAUACGAAUAUGACUGUGCCUCUGACCUCAGAUAUGUCAACAACUCAGAUAGAAUAAGCGCCGUCAUUCAAAGUGUUGAUUAUGCCACAAAUUUGAGCAGUAAUGCUCUCAGCAUGGUGGACGCCCUGGACACCUACGGCACCAAAAUGGCUCUCUGGAAGCCUCCCUCAACAGAGAGAUCCUCAAAUGCACAUGACAGAAGAUUGGACUACACUGGUUAUGGUUUAGAGGGCAUUGAUCACAUUGAUGCUGUUCCUGAUGUGACUGUGUCUAAGGAAAAAGGGGGCUCUGUGUCCAGCAUUCAGGCGGCGGUAGAUGCUGCGCCUGAUUACUCUGCACGGAAAUUUGUGAUUCAUAUCAGGGCUGGGGUUUAUGAGGAAAUUGUUCGGAUCCCUCGUAGUAAGACGAAUUUGGUUUUUAUUGGCGAAGGAAUGCAGAGAACAGUUAUCAGAGGGUCCAAAUACGUUCCCUCUCUGCCCGGAGCAGUCACCGUAUACGACUCUGCAACUGUUGGAGUAAACGGUGACGGCUUCGUAGCACGGGACCUGACAUUCGAGAACGCAUACCAGGGGCCACAAACCCACCAAGCAGUAGCCCUUCGAGUGGACAGUGAUCUCUCUGCUUUCUACAGGUGCGCAUUCCUGAGCCACCAAGACACUCUGUACGCCCACACCCUCCGCCAAUUCUACAAAAAUUGCACAAUUAAAGGAACGCACGAUUUCAUCUUCGGAAACGCUGCCGCCAUUUUCGACAAAUGCUCGAUUCGUGUGCGCCCCCGGCAGCUGAGGUCGAAAUCCGGUGAGAAAGACCCUGUCACUGCGCAGGGCCGCACGGACCCGGCUCAGUCCACAGGCUUUGUAUUUAAUGGCUGCUCUGUCGACGGAACAGAGGAUUACAUGAAGGAUUUUCGUGCAAACCCUAGUAUUCACAUGGUCUAUUUGGGGCGGCCAUGGAAGAUGUAUUCCAGAACUGUUUUCUUGAAUUCUUAUCUGGGGAAUGUGAUACGGCCUGAGGGUUGGAUGGCUUGGAACGGGACUUUUGCUUUGGAUACGCUGUUUUAUGGAGAAUUUCAGAAUCAUGGACCUGGUGCAGAAAUUUCUGGAAGGGUUCCCUGGUGCAAUCAGAUUUCUCAGAAAAAUGUGGGGAUGUAUACGGUGCAGAGCUUCAUACAGGGCCAACAAUGGCUUCCCUCUACUCAAAUUUAAGGUCUUGUUUAGUGUUGUAAAGAUAAAUUCGACCACAGUGUCUUUGUUUCCUUAGUUUACUAUUUAUUAAGUAACAAAAAGUUUAUAUAGUAUACAAAAAUCUUUUCUGCUUUGAAUAAUAGUUUUGAUUUAUUUUUAAA